GAUUUCCGACCCAGUCACAGCGAAGAUGGUGGCAGCUACAAGAGUGGAGAGAUCACGUUCACCGGGAUAAAAGUGAAAAGCAAAACAGCCUAAAAAAAAAACUCUCGCUGUGUCUGCUUUUGUUUACCUCCCGAAAAAAAAAAAAAAAGAAAGAAACUCCAGCAGAGAGCUGGAGCGGAGGGGGGAAAGGGUGGCAACCAGCGACGGACGGAAGAGGACGCACCACAGCCAGAGCGCACAGUGUUGUGUUUGUUGGACACAUGCAUGCCAGCGAAAACUAGAGCUACCCAGACGUACGGAAUCGGUGGAGAUAAGGAGACACCGCUGUCAGUGGGGCGGUUUUGUUUUUUUUUUUAAAUUUUCCUCUUCUUUUCUUGUUGAUAAUCCCACUGAGGAGAUCCGAGAGGGGUUUCCUGUAUUGCUCCUGGGAUUUUCUCCUUCUUUGCUCUGAGGGAAUGCGAGGGGAGGAAAUCCAGCCUCAGCUCCAAAUAACCAGAGACUCCUAACUGGGUCUCCUCUCCAAACGCAGGAAAUACGGCCUGGGAAAAAAAAAAAAAAAGUUUGGGAGCUUUUGGAAACGAGAAGGGGGGCCUAUCGGUGACGCUUUGCACGCGUUUUACGACUUGAUUUUUAACUAUUUUUUUCCCUCCUCCUUUGGCAUUAAGCGCUCCUGCUGCUCCACAGGAAGAAAAAAAAGGCUGGAGAAAACGCGUUCAGAUGUUAACACGCCGUCGGUGUUGUUAUUUGCAAGGAGUUUUGAUCAUCACUAUUUAUAGACCAGCCUGUUCCGACCGAGGCUGUUCCUCAUAGCUGUAUGUUUUGCCAACUGCGCGCAACAAGUUGCAGACACUCCCAGCAGAGGCAAACCUACGCUAAUUUGGGUCAGCGGAUGGUAUUUUCUGCUCUUCUCCCCUCUGAUCAUGCGUCUUUGAACACAGCAUACCCCUCCCCGAGCCCCUCUUUGGAAGGCAGACGGGGGAAUAAACGGUGGAGAUCCGGAGAGGGAGUUCAGGAAAGGACGGGGCUGGAUCCGUGGGAAUAGGCCUGCCUGUCAGGCCUCCUAUGAUCUGGGUCUUGGACUGGACAGGGCUCCAAAAUAACUCUGGAAUAUUUUUUUUUUUGCAAAGGCCCCGCUGGAGCAAAGAUGGAAGGAGAAUGUAUGGGAAUAAGAAAUGCAAAUCCUCGCACACUGAGCCAUGCAUGAGAAUGGAUGUAGUGGAAGGUAAAGCUGCCUUAAUUACAGAUCACCCACUUUUUUAAUGAACAGUUUUCACCCAUUUUGCUGCUGUUAUACAUAUAUAUAUUUUUUUAAAGCAAAACAUUAACUGCCUAUACAUUUUUUUAAAAAUUACUUUUAAAGGCAGAUAAUUUGCAACUUUUGGUGCUUUACAAUUACGCAGCUCAUAAUGUCCACUUGUUUUUUAUUUUGGCACCACUAGCGUUCGCAAGGACAAGAUUUGUUUUUUUGUUUUGUUUUUUAAAUAAGGGAAAAGGAUGCAAAAUGGACCAUUUGUUGCGCAUGUUGUGGAGAUAAGAGGGACAGUGUAACUUUUGUAGCCAGUCGCUGUGCACAACGCCAACUGUUGACAGCCUGUAUCUACGUAAUACAUUUGGGCAUUUUUUUUCUUUCCCAAGACGGUAUCUAACUGACUAAAUGUAAUGUCAGCAGUAUCAAAAUAUUGCGCACAUCCAAAGGAAGUAAUUUCCAGUCAUGCAACGUCAGGGCUGACCUGAUGAAGGCAUAAGAAGAAGAAGAAGAAAAAAGAACCCGUUGCAUCACUAACCAGUCCUUUUCCGAGAAGGAUGUUCAAUUCAGGAGGCAGAAAGAGUGAUGACAGUGUUUUUACCGCAGCUGGAGAGAAAGCCGGGCUCAUACCCAGAGCCUCUUUGGAGAAGGAUACAUGUAAUGUGAGUACUGACGCAAACCCGGGGUCGGAUAAUGGACUGCUCAAGAAACUGGAACGGCGCGUCUUGUGUGAGUGAGUGCGCAGGCUGCUGUGUGCGUAGCAAAUACGUCUGUGCCGUGCUCACCAUUCAUGCAGUGUGAUUAUUCCAACAAACACCUUUUGCUCUCUGUCUCCUUCUCUGUUUUGCCCGUUUGUCACUCCAUCACCGCCUCCCUCCUCCCCUCUCCUCUCCUCUCCCUCUCUCUCUCUCCGUGCCACACGUGCACACACACGUCGCCCACGCACCUCGUCUAAUUGCCUGAGCGCCAUCAGAAGAUAUUAUUAAUAUUUAACACCUCUCUCGUACCACCACCACCACCACCCCCCCUCCACUCUCGUCUCCGCCAGUCAAUAUGGCCACUCUGCAACAUCACCGGCAGCUUCUCAUGCAUGGCACGGAAGUGAGCUGCGACUCCAGCGGGGAUGGCGCCGUCACCGUGCGGAUUACCAACAGCGCGCCACACGUGCGUCAACAUGAGCCGCUGAGGGCUGCCAACAGUGGAGCCGGAGCAGGAGGUGGAGGGGCUGUGAAUAAAGUGAACCCUAACCUCCACAAAUACAGCAUCUCCUCCAGCUGCAGCUCAGCAGACUCCAGACCGGCUGUGACCUCCGCCUUGAGGGUGCACAAGAAGGCGCCUCCUCUGUUUGAACGCUCUGCAGCCCAGUGCUGGGACCCAAAGUUCGACUCCCGCAUCCUGGAGGAGGCGUGCCAAGAGAGGUGCUUUCCUCAGACGCAGCGGCGGUUCCGGUAUGUCCUCUUCUACCUGGCAGUGGCAGCUGUACUCUGGGGGGUUUACUUUGGGGUCAACAGUGACCGCUGCAGCCCCGUGGCCUUCCUGGCCCCCACGGCCUCCUUUCUGGUCUUAUUAGUGCUCCUGUUUUUGUUCACUUUCACCCAGUCGUACGCGUGGCUCUACAACCAAACCUCCCUGCUGCUCAUAGCGGUUACCUUUGCCAUCACGUUGGCUCCACAGAUACAGACUGCUGGCUAUACUGAGCUGGAGUGGGCUGGUGGUGGGAAUGCGUCACUGGACAAAGGAACACCACCUCCCUGCAUCUCCCCCGUAGGAACAUUUUCCUUGUGCAUGGAGGUUCUGUUGUUGUUGUACAGUGUCCUACAUGUCCGUCUGUAUGCCUCUGUGAUGCUGGGGCUCCUGUAUUCUAUAUUAUUUGAGGCAUUAGGGUGGCUGCCAUUGCUUCAAAGGAGUUACGACACUACUGGACAUGUGUCAGGGUCGGUGGGUUCAAGUUCGGACUGGGAGGAGGACACCCUCCGCUGGCUGGGCCCGGCCAAAGCUCUGCUCCACUUGUGCGCCCACGUCAUCGGCAUCCACCUGUUCAUCAUGUCGGAGGUGCGUUCCCGUAGCACCUUCCUCAAAGUGGGCCAGGCCAUCAUGCAUGGCAAAGACCUGGAGGUGGAGAAGGCCUUGAAGGAGCGUAUGAUCCACUCAGUGAUGCCACGGCGAGUUGCAGACGAGCUGAUGAAGCAGGGCGAUGACGAAGGUGGCGGUGAGAACUCUGGCAAGCGAUAUUCCUCCGGCGCCUGCUCCGCCUCAGCCGUUUCCGUGGGCGGCGGGGGAAGCGGUGGAGCUUCGCAAGCCCAAAGUGUCACAAACUCCAAGAAUAACCCUCACAACAAUCACAAACGCAAAAAGACCUCAAUCCCCCGCGGGCAGAUAAUAUUUAGACCCUUCAACAUGAAACGCAUGGAGCCUGUCAGCAUCCUCUUUGCAGAUAUUGUAGGUUUCACCAAAAUGUCUGCCAACAAGUCAGCGCCGGCCUUGGUGGGCCUUCUCAAUGACCUGUUUGGACGUUUCGACCGGCUCUGUGAGCUAACCUGCUGUGAGAAGAUCAGCACUCUGGGAGAUUGCUACUACUGUGUAGCAGGCUGCCCCGAACCGAGACCGGAUCAUGCCUACUGCUGUGUGGAGAUGGGUCUGGGCAUGAUCCAGGCCAUCGAGCAGUUCUGCCAGGAGACCUGCGAGACUGUCAGCAUGCGUGUCGGUGUCCAUACAGGCACCGUCCUGUGUGGGAUCCUUGGAAUGAAACGCUUUAAGUUUGAUGUGUGGUCAAACGAUGUCAAUCUGGCUAACCUGAUGGAGCAGCUGGGUGUGGCGGGGAAGGUCCACCUGUCUGAAGCCACCGCCCGGUUCCUGGAUGAGCGUUACCAGAGGGAGGACGGACGGGUGGCAGAGAGAGCCGGGCAGAGCGUGGUGGAGAAACUGAAGGGACUGAAGACCUACCUGAUCUCAGGGAGGAAGCUGGAUCACGACGUGCAGUGUGGCUGUUCUCAGGUGGGACUUCCUGGUGGGGAUUUCGUCGGGGUCAGCCAGUUCUCCUGCCCUCAGCCUCGCACACCGGACCUCAUCCCUGGAGGGGCGCAGGCUGCUGAGCCCCUGCUGUCACAUCAACCACCAGACAGGAGUGGGCCUCCCUGCGUCUUCCAAAGUGUGGUCUUGUCUCCGGUGGCAGAGCAGAGUGAUGAUGUGGCCGUGCUGAACGGCUGCCAAGACGAGCACAAGACCAGCAGUGCCAAGUUCAUCCCGGGUCACAGCCCCAGAGCAGCCAACGGCCUCCUGAGUCCACCGCUGGAGGACCCAGUCCGGGCCAGCCAGAGUUCACUGUGUGACAUGCUCCAGGAUAAAGAGAAGAAGACCAGCACCAGCACGGGAACUGGCACCAGUCUAGGCAUGGCCGGAGGCCCGGGGGCGACAGGUACGGGCAUGGAUCACUCCGCCCUGAUCCAGCUGCGUGCCAAGAAUUUCAGACAGAAGAGCGACGCCCACUUUGUGGAUGUUAUCAGGGAGGACAGUCUGAUGAAGGACUAUUUUUUCAAGCCACCCAUUAACAAGAUCAGCCUUAACUUCCUAGAGAGACCAUUGGAGAAGGCCUAUCGUAGCAGCUACAAGGAGGAGGUAAGGAACCAGGUUCAGUUAAAGACAUUUGCGAGCUCCACCUUCAGCUCCUUCCUGGAUGUUCUCCUCAGCUGCUUUGUCUUCCUGGCGCUGACACUGGCCUGCUUCCUUCCACCUCUGGUGAGCCCGGCCACCGUGGGCUCUCCGGCUCCCGCUGCGCUGGCUCUGGCUCCCCUGGCUGGUCUGCUGGAGCUGGCCUCCCUGGUGCUCUCCAUACGCAUGGCCUUCUAUUUGGAGGAGGUGAUGAACUGCACUCGCUUGCUGCUCCUGGUGGUCUCCGGCUGGGUCUCUCGUCACGUGAUCGGAGCCGUGUUGGUCUCUCUUCCUGCCAUCUCCGUCUUGUCCCACCUCACUUGCAGCGUCCACCUGCCCCUCCAGGUGACCAUGUUCCUGUGCUGUGCCACCAUCCUGGCCAUCAUCCAGUACUGCAACUUCUGUCAGCUGAGUUUUUGGAUGCGCUCGGUCCUGGCCACCGCUACAGGAGUCGCCCUGCUGCUGUUGCUGUACAGUCCCUUGCACAGCUCCAGUAAUAACAGCCUUCCAGUUCAUGGGUGAGUGUCUCCGUGGUAACAGAGGGGGUUUGAUCGAUGAGUGACAUUUCAAGGGUCAACAGGAGCAACAGCUCUCCUUUAUAUUUUUCAUAACUGCAGCCCUCUCUGGCUUUUACUCAUUCUCACGCUUUCCUGCUCGUUGCACUUCCAUCCGUCUCUCUCUCCUCCUGCCUCUCUGCCUGUGAGUGUGCAGCAGUAUAGUAAUGACUGCUAAAUGCCACUAGUGGUGGAAAUGACUCAUACAGCCCAUGCUGGCCUGAGUUUUGCAUUACAGCCACAACUGAGCCUGAAUCAAGU